AUGAAACUCGACGCCAAGGCUAUUCGCUAUCUCACAUCUGAGGAUUUCAGAGUUCUUGCAGCGGUUGAAGCUGGAAGCCGGAACCAUGAGGUCGUCCCAACGCCGCUGAUCUCGCAGCUUUCGGGCCUCCGAGGCGGUAGCGGUGUCAACCGCGCAAUUUCGAACCUCGCGAAGAUCAACCUUAUUGCAAAGGUGAAGAACGCCAAGUAUGACGGUUACCGACUUGCAUACGGAGGAUUGGACUACCUUGCGCUGAACGCGCACCAGAAAUCAAAGACCAUUUACUCGGUGGGCAACCAAAUCGGCGUCGGAAAGGAAUCAGACAUUAUCGUGGUGGCACAACACGACGGAUCGCAGCGCAUCAUGAAAAUCCACCGUCUCGGCCGUAUCUCGUUCCGAACCGUCAAGACAAACCGUGACUACCUACGACACCGCAGCUCAGCAUCAUGGAUGUACAUGUCGCGACUGGCAGCAAUGAAGGAGUUCGCUUUCAUGACAGCAUUGCGUAACCACGGAUUCUCUGUUCCAGAACCCAUCGCCCAAAACCGACACACGAUCGUCAUGAGUUUAAUCGAUGCCUUUCCCCUUCGCCAGAUUGCCAAAGUUGCAGAUCCGGCCUGGUUAUACUCAGAGCUUAUGAAUAUGAUAUUGGAGCUGGCAAGAUAUGGGUUGAUCCAUGGUGAUUUCAACGAGUUCAACAUUCUUAUCAAGGAGGAGCUGGACGACGAGUUCAAGAAUAAGGGACUCACGGAGGAAGAGGAAGAUGAGCAUAUCCGGCUGGUCCCGGUUCUUAUCGAUUUCCCGCAGAUGGUGUCGGUUGACCACCCCAAUGCUGAGAUGUACUUUGAUCGCGAUGUCGAAUGUAUCAAACGGUACUUCAAACGGAAGUUCCACUUCGUGAGCGACUCGAAAGGUCCUACUUUUGCUGAGGCUAGGAAAAAGCUCGCUAAGAACCCCGGCAAGCGUCUUGAUGUCGAAGUUGAAGCCUCCGGUUUCUCACGGAAGAUGGCCCGUGAGCUUGAGGCUUAUAUGAAAGACGUUGGAGUCAAGCCAGAUGGAGAAGCUCGCGGUAGCGACGAGGAGGACGACGAUGAGGAUGAGGAAGAUGAGGAGGAGUCAGGAUCUGAGGCCGAAGAGUCUAGUGAGAUUCAUGAGACGAAAGACUCCGGAGACCUCGCUGCCAGCACCCAGCAGCUAGAAGGGCUUCAGAUCUCAGGAUCGUCGAAGCAGUAG